AUGGAGGAUAUCGCCAUCAUCGGCCUCAGCGUGCGCUUUCCAGGAGAUGCCUCCUCGCCAGAAAAGCUGUGGAAGGUUCUUGAACGGGGCGAAUCGCAAUGGUCCGAGUUUCCCAAAGAUCGCCUCAACAUUGACGGGUACUAUCACCCCAGUGGUGAUCGACUCGGAAGCAUCUCGUUCCGGGGCGGGCAUUUCCUGAAAGAAAAAGUUGCAGCUUUCGAUGCUCCUUUCUUCAAUAUCGGCGCUGAUGAAGCGGCCGCUAUCGAUCCCCAGCAGCGCUUCCUACUCGAAACGUCCUACGAGGCCCUCGAAAAUGCCGGGAUGAAAAAGGAGGACGUUGAAGGCACUGACGCCGCGGUCUACGUCGGUUCAUUUGUCAAGGACUACGAACAGAUCUGCCUUCGAGAUCCAGAUUGGGCACCACAGUACGCGGCCACCGGCAACGGCAUCGCCAUCAUGGCCAAUCGCAUAUCCUACGCCUUCAACUUCCAUGGCCCCAGCAUAACGGUCGACACAGGGUGCAGUGGCAGCCUUGUGACGGUGCACAUGGCAGCGCAGAGCCUACGAAGCAGAGAAACGUCUUUGGCUAUCGCUGCUGGUGCAGGGUUGAUCCUGACGCCCAACACCAUGAUGCCGAUGACCGCACUCAAUUUUCUGAGUCCAGAUGGCAAAUGCUUCACUUUCGACGAGCGCGCCGACGGAUACGGCCGAGGCGAAGGAGUCGGGGUCGUCGUCAUGACGCGCAUAUCUGAUGCUAUACGCGGCAACUAUCCGAUCCGCGCCGUCAUCCGCGGCACACGACUCAACCAAGACGGACGCACCACGGGCAUCACCCUUCCAAGCAAAGAGGCCCAGGUGGCCAACAUCAUGGCCCUUUACGAAUCCACGGGGCUCGACUUUCAGGACACUGGCUACGUCGAAUGCCACGGCACAGGCACACAAGCUGGUGACUGGCGUGAGCUCAAGGCCAUUUCGGAAACCAUCGCGAGCACCAGGAGCGAAGACUCGCCAGUCAUUGUGGGAUCCGUCAAGCCCAACAUUGGUCAUCUGGAAGGCGCCGCUGGCAUCGCCGGCCUGAUCAAGGCCGUGAUGGCCGUCGAGCGAGGGCAGAUCCCCCCGAACAUCAACUACGAGACCCCGAAUCCAGACAUUGACUUUACAAAGUGGAAAGUCAAGGUGCCCAUGGAGACCAUGGAGUGGCCGUUGCCCGGCGUUCGUCGAGCAAGCAUCAACUGCUUCGGAUUCGGCGGUACAAAUGCACACGUCAUUCUGGAUGACGCCCAGAGUUAUCGGGCCUCUCGAGACCUCGCUGAAGAUUACAUGCUUAUCGACCGCGCGUCCGACCCUGAUACAGACGAUAUGGUUUCCGAAGAGCCCCGACCCAACAUCUUUUGCUUCUCAUCCUGUGAGAAGCUUGGUGUGACUCGAGUCAUUCAGUCACAGCUGCCAUAUGUGCAGCAAGACCAGGGCCAAGAUGACGCAGCGUUCUUGCGCAACUACUCGUACACUCUCUGCGACCGCCGAUCGACCAUGGAGUGGAAGGGCUUUGUGGUGGCCAGCUCCAAGUCCGACUUGCAAACCCAGAUGAAAACAUUCCAGCCAGGCAAGAUCAUCCGCUCGUCAGCAGCCAAGACGCCUCGCCUGUGCUUUGUCUUCCCGGGACAGGGCGCACAGUGGGCUAGAAUGGGCCUAGACUUGAUCAUCUACCCAGUCUUCCUGAAGAGCCUCAAGGCUGCAUCCGAGUACAUGCAAACCGAGUUGCGCAGCAGCUUCAAUCUUUGGGAAGAGCUCAACCGACCAAGUGAGCAAUCCCGUAUUUCCGACCCGGAGAUUGCUCAGCCUGCCACGACAGCACUACAGGUAGCCUUGGUGGACUUGCUCGCGUCCAUGGACAUAUGUCCCCAGCAGGUCAUUGGGCACUCCUCUGGUGAAAUUGCCGCCGCAUACGCCUCAGGGGCACUCACCAAGCAACAGGCCUGGGAAGUGGCGUACCACCGAGGUCAAUGUACAACCCUACUCAACUCAAAGACGCCCCCCGUCCAAGGCGGAAUGAUCGCUAUCGCCUUGUCGCCGAUAGUUGCAGAACACUACUUGGACAAGACAGCUCAUGAUUGCCAAAUUGCGUGCAUGAACAGUCCGGAUUCCGUGACCCUGUCGGGCGACCGUGCGGUGAUUGAGGCCAUCGCCAAGGAUCUCAAGGAGAGAAAAAUCCUGCACAAGGUGCUCGCCGUGUCUACCGCCUACCACUCCCGGCACAUGCAGCUCGUCGAGGCCGACUACAAGGAAGCACUCCAGCAUCUUCGACCAGGCAGGCAGGCCAAGGCUACAAUGUUCUCGUCCGUGACGGGCGAGCCUGUCGAUCCAUCCCUUCUCGACGGGAAGUAUUGGGCGAAGAAUAUGACAGAUACCGUUAUCUACUGGUUUGCCGUGCUACGAAUGAUGAACUCGAUCGUGGACGUCCCCGACGUGAUCAUCGAGCUCGGCCCCCGUACCACGCUUCGAAGGCCCACCAUUGACAUUCUGGAUGACGUCCAACGUUCCUCCAAGCCAGUGUUGUUUUCCAUUCUGGAGAAGCAGUCGACUGGCCCCGAAUCUUUCCUCAACUUGCUAGGGAACUUGUGGUUGCGCGGCCAAUCCCUUCAAAUUUGUAACCUCUACCCUUUCGAGCCCCGUGGGCCCGACAUCAAGUGCCUGACAGAUCUGCCAUCGUACCCGUGGAACCACAGCAAGUCAUACUGGUUCGAGUCCCAUCUCGGCGUCGCCAACCGCUUUCGAGCCUUUCCCCGCCAAGAUCUCAUAGGCGCACCCACCGCCGACUCGAUCCCCUUUGAGCCUCGCUGGCGUGGGUUCCUGCGCCUUUCCGAGAACCCCUGGAUCCAAGACCAUCAAGUCCAAAAGACAAUCGUGUACCCAGCGGCUGGCAUGGUGACCAUGGUGCUGGAGGCCGCGAAGCAGAUGGCGACGGGGCAAGAGAAUCUGAAAGGAUACGAGCUUGUCGAUGUGCGCAUCAUCAAAGCCAUGAUCGUGCCGCAGACCGCUCAUGGCUUGGAGGUGGCGCUCAACAUCAAGCGGGAAACCGGUGAUCAAGGUGACGACGUGGCUGGUUCCUGGUCUUUUGCAAUCUACUCCAAGUUGCUGGAUAGUCCUUGGGAGCAGCAUGCCACUGGUUGUUUGCGCAUGCGAUCCCCCGGGGACGAUCUCGAUUCCGAUGAAUCUACACCCGACCAAUAUGACACGUUCAUGGAACAGGAGGAUCUCGAGGCGGUGGUUCCUCACCAGCUGUACGAAAAGCUCGACACCGUCGGCAUGAACUAUGGCCCUCUCUUCCGAAACAUCGUCGAGUUGCGGAAGAACGCCAACAGUUGUGGUUCCAUGGUCCAGAUCCCGAACACAAGGUCCAAGAUGCCAGCUAAAUUUGAGUACCCGCACUUGAUUCAUCCAGCCACUCUGGACUCGAUGAUCCAGACCCUGUUCGCGAUCGACAGUGUGCCGAUGGUUCCCACCUUUAUCGAAAGCAUCUUUGUGUCUUCAAAUUUGGAAAACGACAAAGGCACCCACUUCAAAGGAGUAUCCACAGCGCAGCGCCUAGGUGUCGGCAACGCCAAGGCUGAUAUCACAAUGUCCCUCGAUGGGAUCAGUUGCCUCCAAGUCGUCAUCAAAGGCUUGCACCUUACCGCGCUUCAGGAGACGCCACUUGCCACCGAGUCAUUCCUCCCGAACCAUCACAACCUUUGCACCGAAAUCAUCUGGAAGGAAGAUGCGACGUUUGCGCAAGCUCAGACCUUGGGCGAGCGGCUCGAACUACUGGGUCACAAGCAUCCUGCCCUGGAGAUACUGCAGAUUGGGGGCUCUAUUUCCGGCACUCUGGACAUCUUGGAGAGUGUUGCAGCCGAGUCUAUGCCGGUGCCGACGCUGGCCAGAUACAGCAUUGUCGAUUCAACUAGUGCUACUUCUCAGUCACUGCAAAGGAUUCUCGGGGGGACGCGCGUGCAGCCAUAUGUCGAGUACACCUCACUUGAUGCCAUCGCUUCCGACCAAAAGUACCACAUGAUCAUUGUCAGCACCUUGCCUGACAUAGACCCUAUGCAGUACCAGAGAUUCGCGAAGUCAGGCGGGUGGGUUGUGGGAACACCCGCCGGCUCUCAGCAAAAUCUGCUGCUGGAUCACAACGCUGUCAUGACACGGAUCCCCGGGAAAUACAUGACCGCCGCCCCAGUCGAACUGGUCUUUCUGCAUCACGAUGGGCAUGAGCAACUUGCUCGGUCCCUCAUCGAGGGACUCUCCCACUGUCAGGGAGAAGGUGACUACGAUUACAAAGUCUCGUCAAUGCCUCUCGGAAAGGCCAUGGAGAACCGUGCAGCCCUGGCACACAAAGUCGUCGUUCCCCUCUUCGACUUGCAUGCGCAGACCGACCUCAUUGGUUUCGUGCAAGUCUGGGACGAGCGCGAAUUGGAGUUCUUUCAACAUGUGCAUGCGGAUGCCAAGGGCAUUAUCUGGAUCACAUGCGGCGCCAACAAGGAUCCGCAAGCCCCUUUGGUAGCUCCUAUCAUAGGACUUGCGCGCACCUUGAUGUCGGAAGAUCCACGCAAGCUCUUCGUUACUUUGGAUCUUGGUAUGGAAAUCAGUCUGUCUGAUGGAAGCAUCGCUGCUAUGCUCCUAACAAUCUUUUUGAUGACGUUUUGCGAGAUUGGCGACGAUCAGCACAUGGAGCCCAAGGAGACGGAGUUCUCCGAAGCCGAUGGCAAGCUGUACAUUCCGCGGCUUGUGCCUAUCCAGAGCCUCAACCAGAUCAUCGAGAACGGUGCGACAGACGAGAUUGUCCCCUCACUUGUUGAGCCUGUUAAAGGCGUGAAAGUUGAAAUGGUCAAGGCUGGGACAUCCAGGGAUUCGGUGAAACUCUUUGAGUAUGAAGUACAAGCACCUCAGUCGCACGAGGUUCAGAUCCAGUUCGAGCAGGCCGAGCUCAAUCAUCGAGAUGUGGAAAUUGCACUGGGGCAGUCUACUUCCUCUGAGCUGGGAAGAGACCUACGCGGCACGAUUACGAACACGGGAAGCAACGUCAGUCGUCACCACAAGAUUGGUGACAAGGUUGUCGCCCUUGUGCCAAACGGCUCGCUCAAGACUCUGGUCAAUGUUGAUGCACGCUUUGUGCUGGCGGACCUGGCUGGGUUCACCGCUUCGAGCUCCCUGACCGCGUUCUAUGCGCUCUGUCACGUCGGGAAGCUUGAGAUGCCUGGUCGAUCCAUGUCUCUUUCAACGCCCAAAAAUUCCUCGGCGCUGAUCUCAGGUGGCGUUGGAUAUUGCCUGCCAGCAUUCUCUCUGUGCGAGAAGCUCAAUGUCAAAGCUUUCUUUGCCAUUGCCAACAAAGAUUCUCCUAGGAAUAAGGAGGCUUUGCGACGCAUUGGUGUCGAUUCGGAGCGAAUACUGGAGGCAGGCUCCGUGGAGUUGAGCGACAUCUUGAAACAACGCAACAACGGAAAAGGGAUGGAUGUGGUUUUACACGCCAGUCCAAGCUCGAUCGAGCUAACCGCUGCAUGUGUCAAGCCUGGCGGUGCCAUUGUGCAUGUUCAACAUCAGACCACCGGCCGAGGAACGACGCCUGUCAAGCUUCCGACCAACAGCACGUACGUCAAGUUCGAUCUUGAGAACCUUCUAAGCGAGGCGCCCGACUUUGUAGCCGAUCUCCUCCUCGAUACAUACCAGGCAAUAGCAAGCUGUGGCGAUAUCGUCUGUGAGGGGAAGCGCACCUUUGAGAUGGCCGACACUCCAGACUCCCUGACGCAGCUUCGAGAGUCACCCAGCCUCGAUAGUGUCACAAUCACCUUGCGCAGCGAGCCAACCAGCGGCAGCAAUGAUCAGUCGCGCGUCAAGGGAAGGACACUGAAGGAGACGAUUGACCCCAAGAGCACGUACCUGCUCUCCGGUGGGCUCGGGGGGCUGGGUCGCAGCAUCGCCACGCUUCUGGCGGAAAAUGGCGCGCGAUUCCUCGUGUUUCUCUCGCGCCGCGGUGCGGAGACCCCGGUGAGACAGGAAUUUGUCGCUCACCUCAGAAGACGCGGCGUGCGUGUCAGGGUCUAUCCCAUGGACAUCUCCUCUGACAAGGGCAUGGUCGAUUUGUUCACCUCGCGGAUCAGUUGGGAAAUGCCCCCUGCCAAGGGUAUCUUUCAAUGUGUGGCUGUGAUCCGCGAUGCUAUGUUUGACAAAAUGACAUUGGACGACUGGGAAGAUGCGCUCAUGCCCAAGGUGCCUGGUUCGAAAAAUCUUGUUGAUGCUGCAUACGCCGCCAACUACGACCCCUUUUUCGUUUUUCUGGCCAGCGCCGCUGGUGUGGUGGGUAACCGUGGCCAGGCCAACUAUGCCGCUGGCAAUUGUUUCCAAGACGCACUGGCGCGGAACCUCCGUCUCAAAGGCAAGAAUGCUGUCGCCAUUGACCUUGGACCAAUUUUGGGCGCUGGUAUGCUGGCUGAUGACGAGAAUCUACUGAACAAGCUCCUCGCGAAUGGGUUUUACGGGAUUAGCCACGACCACUUUCUGCAGGUGAUCAAGCAUGCCAUCACAAUGGAAACACUGCCCGGGGUGCCCAUGCCACCGCAGGUCACUCUCGGUAUCGGCACCGGCGGUCUCAUUCGUCAGAACAAGCCUGCCGACCCAUAUUGGAGUCGGACGGCGAUGUACAGCUAUCUCAACCUGGUGGACAUGCCGCCUACCAAUCUCGAGGAGGGCCCUUCCGCCACAUCCAACACGAAUAUCAAGUCUCUUCUUCGCCAGGAUCUCGAUGUUUCUGUCGCCAAAGAGGUCGUCUGCACUGGCCUGAUGCAGACGCUGGCCAAGGCGAUGAACAUGCUCUUCGAGGAAAUGGACCCUAGAAAGCAGCCUAGUGCGUAUGGCGUCGACUCGCUCGUCGCCGUCGGGGUGAGGAAUUGGGUGUACACAAAUUGCAAUGUGCAGGUGUCUGUUUUCGAGAUCCUGAGUGAGAAGACGAUUCAGCAGUUGUCGGCGGUUAUCGUCGAGCGCUGUGGGUUUGGGGCAUGUCACCAUGGUGGCCUUUGA